CACUUCAGUGUAUGCUAAGCCUGUGUGUGCUCCAGCUACACGACGCUGUGUGUUGUCUGAAUCCGCUGUGACGCGGGAUGCCGGGGGAUCCGUGAAGUCGUGAGCUCCUGCCGGAGGUGCUGCUUUUCACGUUACAAAAUGACCCCCGGAUACAUUUCACCUCCGACUGGCGUCAAACUCACAUCGUCCCAGUCUACAUGAGAGAAACCUGUUCCAUUCGAGCCAUUUCUUUUAUUCCGUUGACGGUCCAGAAGUAGCCACAGGGAACUGAACUUAACCAGCCGGGGCCGUUUGACAGGUGCCGUCGCCCUGCUCAGAGUUGAGAGAUGCCGCCCGUCCAAAGAACCAUGUCGGACCUCCGGACCAGGGCAGAGGGCUAUGAAAAGACAGAGGACACAUCAGAAAAGACAUCGCUCGCUGACCAAGAAGAUGCCAGAUUGAUAUACCUCAAUCAGCCACAGUUCACGAAGUUUUGCAGCAAUCGAGUCAGCACGGCCAAAUAUAAUGUACUCACCUUCCUGCCACGGUUCCUCUACUCACAGUUCAGGAGGGCAGCCAAUGCUUUCUUUCUCUUCAUUGCACUACUGCAGCAAAUUCCAGAUGUUUCUCCGACCGGGCGCUGGACAACACUGGUGCCGCUCCUCUUCAUCCUCGUUGUUGCAGCUGUAAAGGAGAUCAUUGAGGAUCUGAAACGGCACAAAGCUGACAGCGUUGUCAACAAGAAGGAAUGUCAAGUACUAAGGAACGGCGCCUGGGAGAUUGUGCACUGGGAGAAGGUGGCUGUUGGUGAAGUAGUCAGAGCUGCAAAUGGGGAUCACCUCCCGGCUGACCUCGUCAUUCUGUCGUCCAGUGAACCACAAGGAAUGUGUUACAUCGAAACAUCAAAUUUGGAUGGAGAAACCAACCUGAAAAUCAGACAGGGUCUACAAGUGACUGCUGAAAUCAAAGACAUUGAAAACCUGAUGAGACUCUCUGGGCGGAUGGAGUGCGAGAGUCCAAACCGUCACCUCUACGAGUUUGUCGGGAACAUACGAUUGGAUGGGCAUAGCACGGUACCGCUGGGCCCUGACCAGAUCUUGCUCAGAGGGGCACAGCUGAGAAACACGCAGUGGGUCCAUGGUGUGGUGGUUUACACAGGACAUGACACAAAGUUGAUGCAGAAUUCCACCCGACCACCUUUGAAGUUGUCCAACGUGGAGCGCAUCACUAACUUUCAGAUCUUGGUUCUCUUUGGCUGCCUGUUGGGUAUUUCUCUUGUCUGCUCCAUCGGCCAAACCAUUUGGAAGUACCAAUUUGGCAAUGACGCCUGGUACAUGGACCUCAACUAUGGCGGUGCGGCAAACUUUGGCCUCAACUUCCUCACGUUCAUCAUCCUCUUCAACAACCUGAUACCCAUCAGCCUGCUGGUGACGCUGGAGGUUAUCAAGUUCAUCCAGGCCUUUUUCAUUAACUGGGAUUGUGAUAUGCUGUAUGAGCCAACAAACACCCCUGCAAUGGCGCGCACCUCCAAUCUGAAUGAAGAAUUAGGCCAGGUCAAAUACAUUUUCUCUGACAAGACCGGGACCCUCACCUGCAACGUCAUGCAGUUUAAAAAGUGCACCAUUGCCGGGGUGGCCUACGGUCACGUCCCUGAUGCAGAGGACGGUAGUUUUGCAGAGGACGACUGUCAUAGUACAAACUCAGAAGAGGCCGGAUUCACUGACCCCAGCUUGAUGGAAAACCUCCAAAACAAUCAUCCCACUGCUGCCGUCAUCCUGGAGUUCAUGACUAUGAUGGCCAUCUGUCACACUGCAGUCCCUGAACACACCGAUGGGAAAAUCAUCUACCAGGCCGCUUCUCCAGAUGAAGGAGCACUCGUGAGAGCCGCCCGGAACCUGGGCUUUGUGUUUUCUGGAAGAACCCCAGACAGCGUCAUCGUUGAACUGAUCGGGAAGGAAGAGAAGUACGAACUGCUUCAUGUUCUGGAGUUCACAAGCACCAGGAAAAGAAUGUCAGUCAUCAUGCGCACCCCAUCUGGGAAGAUCCGCCUUUACUGCAAAGGAGCUGACACAGUGAUCUAUGACCGUCUGGCAGACAGUUCGCGGUACAAAGAGAUUACGCUCAAACACCUGGAGCAGUUUGCUACUGAAGGUCUGCGGACAUUGUGCUUCGCAGUGGCCGACAUCAGCGAGUCAUCCUAUCAGCAGUGGGUGGAGCUCCACCACAGAGCCGCCACCUCCCUCCAGAACAGAGUGCUCAAACUAGAGGAGAGCUAUGAACUCAUCGAGAAGAACCUGCAGCUGCUCGGUGCCACGGCCAUUGAGGACAAACUCCAGGACAAAGUGCCUGAAACUAUCGAGACUCUGAUGAAGGCAGACAUCAAGAUCUGGAUCCUGACUGGGGACAAGCAGGAAACUGCUAUUAAUAUUGGACAUUCCUGCAAGCUCUUGACCAAGAACAUGGGCAUGCUUGUCAUUAAUGAAGAUACACUUGAUAGAACACGAGAAACCCUGAGUCACCACUGUGGAAUGCUGGGAGAUGCUCUUCACAAGGAGAACGACUUUGCUCUCAUCAUCGAUGGAAAGACUCUGAAAUAUGCCCUCACGUUUGGAGUCCGGCAGUACUUCCUGGACCUCGCCUUGUCCUGUAAAGCCGUCAUAUGCUGCAGAGUUUCUCCCCUACAAAAGUCUGAUGUGGUGGAGAUGGUGAAGAAGCAAGUGAAGGUCAUAACCUUGGCGAUCGGUGAUGGUGCCAACGAUGUUGGGAUGAUACAAACUGCUCACGUCGGGGUUGGGAUCUCUGGUAACGAGGGUCUGCAGGCGGCUAACUCCUCAGAUUAUUCCAUCGCCCAGUUCAAAUACUUGAAGAAUCUACUGCUCGUCCACGGAGCCUGGAACUACGACCGUGUAGCCAAGUGCAUCCUGUACUGCUUCUACAAAAAUAUUGUCCUCUACAUCAUUGAGAUCUGGUUUGCGUUUGUCAAUGGCUUCUCGGGUCAGAUUCUGUUCGAGCGCUGGUGCAUCGGCUUGUACAACGUGCUCUUCACAGCUCUCCCUCCACUCACCCUGGGAAUAUUUGAGCGCUCCUGCCGGAAAGAAAACAUGCUCAAGUAUCCGGAGCUCUACAAAACUUCACAGAAUGCCAUGGGCUUCAACACCAAGGUCUUCUGGGCCCAUUGUCUGAACGGCCUUUUCCACUCAGUCAUCCUCUUCUGGUUCCCCCUGAAAGCCUUCCAGCAUGAUACUGUUUUUGCCAGUGGAAAAACUCCAGACUACCUGCUCCUUGGAAACAUGGUUUAUACAUUUGUGGUCAUCACAGUUUGUCUUAAAGCCGGACUCGAGACUUCAUCGUGGACUGUGUUCAGUCACAUCGCCAUCUGGGGAAGCAUUGGCCUGUGGGUGGUGUUUUUCAUUGUCUACUCGUCCCUGUGGCCCCUCAUCCCUCUGGCUCCCGACAUGUCAGGAGAGGCUGAAAUGAUGUUCAAGUCGGGGGUCUUCUGGUUGGGCCUGGGCUUCAUCCCCGUCACCUCGCUGGUCUUUGACGUGGCUUACAAAGUGCUGAAGAAAGUCUUCUUCAAGACCCUGGUGGAUGAGGUGCAGGAGCUGGAGGCUUUGUCGAAAGAUCCGGGAGCCGUGGUUCAGGGGAAGAGCUUGACAGAGCGAGCCCAGCUACUGAAGAAUGUCUUCAAGAAGAGCACGGUCAGCCUGUACCGCUCCGAGUCCAUGCAACAGAACCUUCUACACGGCUACGCCUUUUCUCAAGACGAGAACGGAGUGGUGUCCCAGUCCGAAGUGAUCCGAGCGUACGACACCACCAAGCAGAGGACCAACGAGUGGUGAGCACCGGCCCUCUCAGCCCAGGCCGGCCAUUCCGGGGCCACCACCGCUUUUCCCAGGGGCAGCGUCUGGCAAGAAUCUGCGCUUUGCUCCAGUGGCCUCCAGUGACUAAGAGUUUUGGGACGUUGAUGUGUGAAGGACGGAGGAGACCGAUGUGAUGUUUGAAAAAAAGGGAAAACUUAACUUGGAUUAUACAAAACGGUUUUCACUGUCAACCGAUGAUAAGCACUUUGCUUUCAGUGUCACUUUUGCCACUCAGCUCGUUCGAGAUUGUCUCCAACAUUUGCCACAUGUUUAAACCAAAAAUCAUCAUGUGAUCCUGGAAUCAAAUUUAUGAUUUAAUUCAAAUAUUCUGCUGCGAGGUGCUUGAAAACUGAACUCGAAGAUUGCCAAAGAGCAGUCGUGAAUACAAUCUUGAAUUGGGCAUAAGGAAACUGAGCUGACGUUCGCCCGCCACUUUUUUAUUUUGCACUAAAUGAAGCGUAUCUCGUCGGAAGCCUUACAUCUGCUCAUGCCUUCAUCCUUUUAAACACUGUAUAUCCAUUUUAGUUCCACUUUUAAAUGUACGUCGAUAUCGUGCCUGGUUUUAUUAUGAUUUGAAGCGUUGCCUCCUGCAACUCGUGCGCACACGUUGGUCCCGUCUCCACCAUUCACGCCGCAGAUAGAUAAAUACGAGCAUUCCACACGUCACUCCCGUCAACAACCACAAAGGUGCCUACGUAGAACUUUUCCCUCUUUAGAGAUAGCUCCGCAGAGAACGAAAUCACUGUCUCCCCUGCGCUCGUGUAACGUGAACAUGUCGGUGGGUGGGAAGGAAGAGUCGCUCCGACACAGUUGACGGCGGUGGUUCUAAUAUUUCCCUCAAAGAAAUGGAGAUUUGUCCUUCUAACAUAAGUGCCAUUAGCUUACGGGAGGAAGAGAAAUAUUAGCCAGGAAACUCCACGCCAGUAUCAAACUACUCUGUCUCUGUAGUUACUUUGUGGAUUUGUAUUUUUAUAUUGGAGACGUAUGAACUUUUGCAUUGACUGGCUUUGUAACGCCUGUGACUUCUGUUCCACCGAUUAACUGGCAGGUCUCUUGUGUUCUUGUUGUUACGGCUUGAUUUGUUUAUAACUAUGACAUUAUUGUCCGUGUGAUUGCCGUCUUCUCCCUAUGGGAGAUUGGAUCUCUGACUGUGCGACUGUUGCCUGCAUGUGCAUGUGGCAAGUGUGCGUCGACUACUGUGGUGACUUGUGUGUAUUGGCAUGUCUAUGAAGCGUUUCCACUGAGCAGCACUGUCCCGACGUGAUCGACUGGCUGGAUCGGAAAUGCUCAAUUUUUUAUCAUCAUCCAUACUUUUGUAUUUUUAAACAUGGCUGCUUGUAGUUGCCAUACAGCCAAUGUAUUUCUUUUUUAGCUGAGGCUUCUGUUUAGCAACCAACCUCUUUGGGCUUACUCCUAAAAAGACCACUAAAAUUGUCAAAAUUCCAACUUCAAAAAGCAUUAGAUUAUGUGUAUAAUCAUCACAUUCCAUCUAAAAACUUUGUGUCUUCUUCAGUGGCAGUUGCUCUGUUUUAUUAGCGCAAGCUUUACGACCUGUUUGUGCAAAGAAGGGUUCCACCGGAACCCAAAAUUGGAUUCUUUCUUCCAAAAUGAACUGAGCCAAACUGACUCACUGCUCAGUGGAAACCAGCGAUGUAUGUCCUGUGUGUUUGUGUGAGAGCGCAAGUGUGUGUAUCGCUUCUCUGCUCAUGUUGUCCGUCUGCACGACUCCAGGUUUUGUGGCUACUGUGUGCCGAUGCAUGGCCAGAACACAGAGGAGUGUGAGCAAAGUGUGUCAUGUGCGUAUGUGUUUGAACUCUCGACCUCGACUGUGUGAGUCUCUGACGCUCAGCUGGCUUCUUUAACAGGAGAUGUUGCACAAUGCACUCGAUGUACAUUUCCACCGGUGGAUAUUGUUCAUUUCUCUUGAUUGUACACGUUUGUGGUUCUUAUUUUUCUUCACGCAGCGUUUCUCUCUGCUUCACUCGUGUGUAUCUCAGUUCAGUCGUCAUCUUCUAACCUACUGAAUGUGUUUGUCGUGGAGCCGCCGCUCUCCUUCUUUUCAGGAAAAGUUGUGGGCCGCAUGAAUGGACAAACACAAAGCUGUUCUCCGGAGUGUUAUUGUACUUCUUUGAUUCUCUUCACACAACUUGGAAAAACUUUACUUUGUGUUUCUGUCGUUUUGUUUUACGAUGAUUGUUCUGCAUGUGUGGACUGCAAACUUCUAAGUGUCGUCUUCUACUGCCAUGAAGGACUACAGAAAUAAACUUUACAUUCAUGGAGGAACAAGGCUCACGUGUCGCUGCCGA